GCGCUUGGGGGAAGGACGCCGCCUCUUGCGCGCUGGAUGCCGCCAUCCUGGCGCCUUGCUGGCCCAACGCCGCCGCCUCUUCCUCCUCCGGGGGCGACUGCAGAGUCAGGGACAACUCAUGGAGUCUCCUGAGCUGCUGCCUGGACCACGGGCUAUACCCCCCAAGCCUGCCACGCUUGAAACUCGCCAGCAUCCCGCCCACCGUUGCCCGGCUUGUAACAAGGCCUUCGUUUCUGCUGCGGCUCUGCGGGAUCACAGCUGCCUGGCUGGAGGCAAGAGCGCGAAUUCCUGCCCCGUUUGCGGGAAAGAGUUCAAAUUCCCUUACUACCUAGCCCGCCACCGUCUGACCCACGGCAGACAAAAGCCCUUCCGGUGCAAACUCUGCCACAAAACCUUCAGCCGUUCGGCCCACCUGGCGCGCCACAAAUGCCCCCAAGCUGCCAAGCAUUCUCCGGGUGGCCCUGGAGGCUCCCGCCCCUUACAAGAGCCGGGUAAAUUUCUCCCGCCAGAGGACCCGCGUGAGAAGAAGGUGGUGGCGCCUCAGGUCGGCAUGAACAACGGCGUGACAUCUGUCUCCGCCGCCCCGAAUCAGAAGCGGGUGCUCCUGCAGGAAGACUGGACUUUGCUGUGCCUCUCUUGCAACGAAGCUUUUGAGACCAAGGGUGAGCUGAAGGCCCACACGUGUUUCAAGGAGGCGGCGAGCCACGAUGACACGGAGGAGCAGGAGGAGGCCAAGCUGCACCAGUGUGGCGUUUGCCACAAGAACUUUGCUCGGCCGUGGUCCCUGGCCCGGCACUAUGUGGUCCACACUGGCGAAAAGCCGUUCUCUUGCCCUGAGUGUGGGAUGGCCUUCCGCCUCGCCUCCUACCUCAGGCAGCACAGCCGGAUGCACGCGGCCAACAGGGACUGCCCUCUGCUCGGCCGGUCCGACGCCCAGGAAGAGGAAGCAGCGUCCCCCACGUUCGCUUCCUCUCCCACGGGGCCGUCCCCCAAGAAGGCCUACGGAUGUAGUGUUUGCGGCAAGCCCUUCAAGAGCAAAUAUGACCUAGCCACGCAUUUCCUCAUCCACACGGGCGCCCUGCCGUUUCAGUGCAGCCGCUGUGGGAAACGCUUCCGCCGCCUUUCCCACCUCAAGCAGCACCACGUGACCCACACGGCCGCCCGCCCCUUCCAGUGCGUCAUGUGCCAGAAGGAGUUCAAGCGCCUGGCCGACUUGGCGCGCCACCGGCAAGUCCACGAAGGAGACAAGCCACACCAGUGUGGCGUCUGCCACAAGUUCUUCUCCCGCUCCUACAGCCUCUUGAGGCACCAACGAAGCCAUCUGCCAGCAAUGGCCGCCGUCGCUCGACCGGACAACUACCUCAGCAACUCCUGCUUUGACAGUCAGGACCACUCAGCUUUCCUGGGCCAUGAGGAAGGGGAGGAGGAAGAGGAAGGGGAGGAAGGAGUGGGAAACCCAACAGAGGCUUCCUGUAGCUCAUGACAGGACCCAAAACUGGUUAUAAAAAAGAAUAUUCUAUACCUCUAAGGCUCAAGUACUGUGAAACACAGUUUCCUCAAAUUAUGCUUAACAAACACAUAGGUAUUACUUCACAAUAACAUUUUUACUCCAGCAAUCAUUUUUAUGCCCUUGCAAUGAUAUAACUCAAACAAAAAAAAUUCUCUCUAGAUAUAAGAUAACCAUACAAUAUCCAAGGGGCUAGGACCUCUCAUUUAGAACAGGUAGUUGGGAUUUGAGAAGUACAGUCAUCCCUCACAGAAGAGGCACGAUGUUGAAAAAAGAGAAACAAAUCUUUUUGUGUUAAUCAUUAAGAAUUUAUUACAAGGUCUUAAUUUUUAUGGGGCCGUAGAAGGUGUUCACGAGGCAUAGCCUAACCUGGGGGUUAGCUAGCCCCUUGUAUACUGUAUACUUAUCUUAUAUCCAUGUAUGGAGAAGGGUUUUUUUGUUUGAGUUAUAUCAUAGCAAGGGCAUAGAAAUGAUUGCUGGAGUAAAAACGUUAAGAACAUAAGAACAAGCCAGCUGGAUCACACCAGAGUCCAUCUAGUCCAGCUCUCUGCUACUCGCAGUGGCCCACCAGGUGCCAUUGGGAGCUC